AUCACCAUCAUCAUCAUCAUCAUCUACAUACACACAAACAGAUGGCUGCGGGAAAUUACAGUACUGAAUAUGAAGAUCUAUCCACCAGCUUCCCUACAACCUUCACUUCAUUCCGUGGAAUGAACGUGCCACCAUCUUCGUUCCACUCUCUAUCAAGCUUACCUUAUUAUCACAAUCAAAUCCCUGUUCUUGAUUUCUCUCAGCAAUCAUUAUCAUCCUCUCUAAGCUGCAACAACUCCAGUACUUCAGAUGAAGCCGAAGAGAACCACAUGAGCAUAAUCAACGAGAGGAAGCAGAGAAGGAUGAUAUCCAACCGGGAGUCGGCUCGAAGAUCCAGGAUGAGGAAACAAAAGCAGCUCGAUGAGCUCUUGACCCAGGUUCUUAGGCUCAGAAACGAGAACAAUGGGCUCAUCAACAAGAUGAAUCACUUCUCGGAAACCCAUGAACAAGUUGUUCAAGAAAACGACAGGCUCAAGAAAGAAACCUUGGAGCUAAAGCAGUUGCUUACUGAGUCACGGCUUGCUACCACUUACACUAAUCUGAGAGAUCUUCAAGAUGAUGAUGUUGGUGAAGAAGACGAUGAUGAUCAGAAGCUGGUGGUGCUUUCUUCUUGCACCACUCAAUCCUCCAACAAAUCUACUCUCACUUCAACUUCCAGUAAACCCUUUGAUUUGCUUCAAUGAAAUCAUCCACCAAAUAAGGUUUUUUAGAUAAUUAUUAUAAAUAUUA